AUGCCCUCGCCUCCGAUCCAAGUCUUCCUCACGACGAUCGCGUCGCAGGUUGUCGUACGGAAGCGCCAAGAAUAUAUCCUCCGCAUCCUUCAAACCAAGAAGAUCCCAUAUACCUCGUACGAUCUCGCCUCUGACGAGGAUGCCAAACGCUUGUGGAGGCGUAAAGCCCCACCUAAUAAGCAGCAGCUUCCAGGUAUACUCGUAGGUGGCAAAUUUAUUGGGGACUUUGACGCCUUCGAAGAAGCCGUCGAAACCGAAUGUCUCGCUACCUUCUUGAGGCUAAAUGAAACCUGGGACACUGCCGUCGAUGAAGACCGUCCGGCACCCGAGGUCAAGCCUGUCGGUGUCCCCGGUGCUGUCCCCAUCGCACAAAUGACGCCCGAACACCACAAGCCCCGCUUCUUCCCCCGCGACCCAGAUACCCCAUUGAAGCCUGUGAACAGGCGCAAGGGGGACUUCGAUGUGAGCACGGAGCUUGAGGGGUACGGGUUGCAGGGUGUAAGGGUAACCGAUGAGGACUUGAGGUUGUUGGUCGAAGAGCUUGGGCUUGAGGGAGAUGAUGCGGAGGAGAUGGUUAAGAGCUUGGGCGGUGAUGGGAAUGGGAAGGAUGUUCCAAAGGGGGGUGGUGGGGUUGACGAGAAGGUGAAGGAAGCCACGAAGAGCAAAGACGCUACGAAGGCGAGUACAACAAAGGAAGACGAUAAAUGA